AUGCUGAGUUGUGAGUUUCUCCUCCCGCGGUAUAAAAGCUCUUCUCUCUCCAUCCUGCCGCAGUCUGCAUCCGGUUUAGAGAUGAGCUACCCACUGGACCACCUCUACGGCCACGGCUCCUACCGCAGGGCACCACAGGGCCACUCUGCCCGGCCCGCGGCUUCCCUCUCCUCCUCUGGCUUCCACUCCCAGCCCUGGACGACCCCCCAGCUCCGCCGCCAGGCCUACAGCCAGACACCCUCCGCCGACAGCUUGGAGAUCUUUAACAGCGACAUGACUCGAAGGAACGAGAAGGAGAUUCUGCAGACACUCAAUGACCGGUUCGCCAGCUACAUCGACAAGGUACGGAACCUCGAGCUGAUGAACUCGAAUCUGGAGCAGGAAGCGGCUGCGCUGCGACAGAGCCAGACCGGGCGCGCUACUGUGGGAGAGCACUAUGAGCACGAGCUGGGGAACCUAAGGGGUCUGGUCCAGCAGCUGACCGGAGAGAAGGCACGCGCACUCUUGGAGCAAGACCACCUGGAAGAGGAUAUCCAGCAUGUGCGGACCAGGCUCGAGGACGAGGCACGCAGCAGGGAGGAGCUGGAGGCCAAGGCACGCGUCAUGAACAAGUAUGUGGAUGAGUCUGGGCUCGCGCGGCUGGAGCUGGACAAGAAGCUGUGCGUGCUGCAGGAAGAAGCCGCGUUCCUGAAGAAGAACCACGAGGAGGAGGUGGCCGAGCUGCUAGCACAGAUCCAGGGUGCACAGGUGAGCUUCGAGGCUCGAGACACAAUCAAGGCGGACGUCACGAGCGCCCUGCGGGAGAUCCGCGCUCAGCUGGAUGGCCACGCGACCAAGAGCGCAACGCAUGCGGAGGAAUGGUUCAAAGGUGAGAGGCGCAACUUUAUAUCAACUUACCUUUACCUGGUUUUCCCAGAGAUGGGUCAGUGUGAGAAAGCCAGGUUUAUAUAGUUUUAGGGCUAUGAUGUGACCGUGCUGUUCGCUGUCCAUGGUGCUGAACUUUGGAUGACUUGGCUAUGGAGUUCGUUUGUUUUACAAUCAAAUAGGCUCUUGGUACAUAGUGGUACAUAGUGGUGCAUAGCCUAUAAGCUAUUAUCAAUCCUAUUUGGGACAUUGAUUCGUUGUAAGGUCACCAUUGGAAGCAAACUGCAUGAGACUCUAGGCUAUAUAUUCAGUUAAACCACUGAAUAAACAUCAUCCAGUGAGCACCAAUGACUGCAAUGACAGCUUGUGUUACCCAAGGAUAGUAUUGAAUUAAACCAUUAUAGGCUGAUUGCAUUUGGAAAAAGAACAGAUGUGAAUAAUGUGGUGAAAUAGCCUACUGGUUUAUUUUAUGGAGAGGAGAAAGUGUUCUGUUUGGUGUAAACUCGUGUCCUUUAUCUGUCAGCUAAAACUGUCCUCUGCAGUCCUGUUUUGAACGCCUUAUUGCUGCUCUGAGUCUGAUCAUGCAUUCCUGCCGCAGGCAACUAUGAGUCAGCAGUAUUAGGUCCCUAGAAACACUGAUGCCGCAUGCUAGUGUCCUUGGAAAUGUAUCUUGCCAAGAAAGCAUCGACCCCCCCCCAAAUCCCUUACCUCAUAAGAUAUUAAAUAUGUCUCUCAAUCAUUCCGGGCGUGGCCCUUGUGAAUGUACGUAUUAAGUCCGUAAUUAGAUGUAUUUUGCCCAUCGAAGUUACCUAUCUUAUCUCACCGUCCGACCUUUUCUUAUGACUUGCAGUCUCUUGAGUGUCAUGCCCUGUUCCUACCACAAGGAGAGCGCUCCUCUGCAGAGUCAGACGUUCGCAGGGUGAGAUGACACGGUAUAUGGGGCGUCUGAGUACAGUGUGUAUAUAGCAUGUUGAUGUGACCAUAGAAAUAUAAUCAAUGGAUUAUAUUCCUAUUGAUGUGACUGCAGGGGUUUGCCUGUGUUUGGUUAUUAUGUGUUUGAGUAUGUUGUGGCCCUGUGUGUGUUGUUGCCAGUGAGUGUUGUGUAUGUUUUCUAACCUUCAUAACAUUAUAUCAUUUCCUGGUGGCUACUGCCUCUAGCUGAGAGAAGAGACCAGAGGGGUCUGCUUCAAGGUCACUAAAACACGUUGACAAUAGUAGAUGAGUUAAGAUCAGGGCUAAUGCAGGCCUCCACCUCUAACUCAGCCAUCAUGGUCAUGCCCUGUCCACAUAGAUCUACAUGCAGACUGAAAAGCAAUGCCAUUGUGUCCUGACUUUGGUAUGUACCAGUGUUAGUGUUAGAAUUAGGAUUAGAGACCUUAGUUAAACUCUCUGAAUGGAUGGGUAAAUGUUGUGCAUGGCUUGAUUUGUACUGGUCCACCACCUCACUGAGUUAAGACUCCGCCAAGACUCCAACAUCCAAAAGUGGAUAAUGAAACAAUAUUCCUACUUAAAAUAAUGUGGGAAAUGGUCAGUGGGGAUCUAAAGAAUAAUCAUGUCAUAUUGUUUAUUAUUUUGUGAUGUCAUUAAGGAUGGUAUCAAGUAAUAACUGUAACUCGGAAAGUGUACAUAUUCUAUCUAUCAAGUUUACAUCUAAAUGUUGUAUACAAUAUAUGAUUAAGUAUGAGAGUAUUUUGGUGAAGAUAGGAAUGUGAUUUUAGUCUUCUAAUGAGAUAAUAGUUUUUCAUAUAAACUAUGCACAGUGACUAGCCACGCCCAGAGUGACAUCAGAGAUCGUGUAAACAUGAUGGAACGCCCCUUUUACUCCGAGUGCAUAAAAAGCCUUGAAAAACAAAUCAACCUUAAGACCAGCAGACGUGAAGCGUGAGCUAAACGUUGCAAAUGGUUGAAACUCUACAGACCAGCAGACGUGAAGCGUGAGCCAAACGUUGCAAAUGGUUGAACUUCUACAAGACCAGAAAGACCAGAAAACGUGAGACGUUAGUCCACACGUUUGAAAUGGAGAAACUCUGAAACUCUCAACCUCUACACGAGGUGAAGAAGAAGACAAUGCACUAGACCUUCUCAUUUCAGUCUGCAGCUGGCAUGUAUAGUCGUUUAGAGAACUUUCACUAAAGACACGAAGUGGGAAGGACAAUCCCUCUCAGACAACCGCUGGUACAUCUGAAGUAUCCAUUUGUGUGUAACCUGUACAAGUGAGUGGUUUGAAAUGUAAAUGUUUUUAUUUUUUUGCAUAUCCCACCCUCGGAGAGUGGGGUCACGCCCAGGGAUCAGCCAUUAUUGACGGCGACCCUGGAGCAAUCAGGAUUAACAUUUACAUUUACGUCAUUUAGCAGACGCUCUUAUCCAGAGCGACUUACAUGAGCAAUUAGGGUUAAGUGCCUUGCUCAAGGGCACAUCGGCAGAUUUUUCACCUAGUCGGCUCGGGGAUUAGAACCAGCGACCUUUCGAUUACUGGCACAACGCUCUUAGCCACUAAGCUACCUGCCGCCCCAUUCUAACCAGCACUAUGACCAGAAACUCUACCAAGGACAUUGGGAUCUCUGGUGGGCAAACCAGAGUCCUACAUCAUCAACUCAACUAUCGAGGACAGCUACAUGUAAAUACAUGUUGCAUUUCUAAUCCGAAUGAGCGUUAUUAGGGUGCAUAAGUAUUAUGAUUACUGUGAGCAUAGUCUCCAAAGGAACCACAAUAGUUUGAAUCUCUAACUCUCCCUUCCACUCUGACCCUCCUUCUACCCAAGCAGUCAUGCGAUUGUUAGUCCAGUCCACUAGGGACCUGUCUUCAUUGUAUUACGUUAGUAAUCAAUAACCUAUGUGUGUGUUUGUAUUGUGUUAUUAUUUAGUUAGUUAGUAAAUAAAUAAUUAAGCCAAUUUGUUUAUUGCUGAUUCAUCAAUAAGGUUAGGGUUCUUGCAGGUUCAAGGAUUAUGCGACGUUCAGAAUGAGACUGAAAAGAGGUAAUCAUUUGAUAAGUAGCCCCCUGUAGCUCAGUUGGUAGAGCAUGGCGCUUGCAACGCCAGGGUUGUGGGUUCGUUUCCCACGGGGGGCCAGUAUGAAAAUGUAUGCACUCACUAACUGUAAGUCGCUCUGGAUAAGAGCGUCUGCUAAAAUGUAAAUGUGAAUAAGUGACUGUUAUCGAUAUAUAACAUAUCUUCUAAGAGUUUAGUUCGGGAGAUGGUAACUCGUUAAACAACUUAUUCCGUGGUGCCCCAAAUUCCUAAUGAGUUAAUUGUUACAUGAUUAAUUUAAUCGAGUGACAAUUAAACAUAGUUAGGUGAUUUGAUAAAUAACAGUCAUACAUUAAAGUAAGUCACGUCACGACACUGGCACUGUCAAGGUUACUCCUGGAGGAGAGGAUUUGUGUUCUCAAUGACCGACCUCUGUGGUGGUCACGGAGGAAAAGAGACAAUGAGAGUAUACAAGGAAAGGACACUAUUUGAGAGUAUUUGGUUGUUAUAGUCCCUGUCUCUAUGACCUCUAAAACCCUGUCUCUGACCCUGUUCCCCAACCUCCCACCUCUCCCAAACCCCUGUAGUGCGUAUGGAGCGGUUGGCAGAUGCAGCUCACUCUAACACAGAUGCGAUCCGCGGUGCCCAGGAUGAGAUAGCAGAAUACAGACGGCAGCUGCAGAGCCGCACCAUCGAACUGGAGACCCUCAGAGGUACCAAGGACUCUCUGGAGAGACAAUGCAUGGAGACUGAGGACAGACACCAUGGAGAUAACAAGUCACUACAGGUACACUCCUCUGCCUGUCUGGCUCUUCUAUUUCCCUGCAUUUUGGCACGCAUUUCUCACCAACGUGUGUGUGUGUAGGAGACCAUUCGUCAGCUGGACGGUGAACUGAAGAGUACUAAGUGGGAGAUGGCCAGUCAGCUGAGAGAAUACCAGGAGCUGCUGAACGUCAAGAUGGCUCUGGACAUAGAGAUAGCAGCCUACAGGUGGGUCAAAGGUUAAGGGUGGGGUAUAUUUUUUGUCAAUGCACUUAUGCAGACUCAGAUUGUCUCUGAAUAAGCCCUGCUCUUGUGAAAAAAACAUGAUUAUCACAGAAUAACUACUGAUAUGUUUUUGAACAGGAGACUGUAUUGGCACACCCAAUUCAGACUGUACUUCUUGUGUUCUUCCCAUAAACAGGAAGUUGCUGGAAGGGGAGGAGACUCGGUUCAUAUCUGGGCCAAGCCUGUACUCCUACUCCUCCGCCCACCUGAAGCUGAAGGGGGAGGAGCUCUCAGACACAGUCAUACUGGAGGAACAGACGGAUGAGACACAGGUCACUGAGGUGACAGAGGAAGCAGAGGAAGAGGAAGAUGAAAAGGGAGAGGGAGAAGAGACAGAAAAGGAAGAAGAGAAGGAGGAAGAGGAAGAAGAGGAGGAAGAGGAUGAGACCAAAGCUGAGGCAGAAGAGGGAGAAGGGGAAGGAGCUGAGGAUAAGGGGGGAGAGGAAGAGGAGGCAGGUGAGGAGAAAAAGGAAGAUAAGUCUAAGUCACCUGAGAAGGCUGCUUCCUCUCCAUCCAAAUCUCCCCAAUCUAAGUCUCCCCCCAAAACCCCCCAAGCCAAAUCUCCCCUCCCCAAAUCACCUGCCAAAUCUCCCGCCCCCAAAUCACCUGAAUCCAAAUCACCCCAAGCCAAAUCUCCCCUCCCCAAAUCACCUGCCAAAUCUCCUGCCCCCAAAUCACCUGAAUCCAAAUCACCCCAAGCCAAAUCUCCCCUCCCCAAAUCACCUGCCAAAUCUCCUGCCCCCAAAUCUCCCCCUGCCGUGAAAUCACCAACAUCUACAUCUCCCCCCAGCAAAUCCCCAGAGUCUAAGUCUCCCCCUCCCAAGUCCCCCCUCCCAAAGUCUCCUGAACCCAAGUCCACCAUCCAGGAGAAGGCCAUGACCCCUGCAGAAGACAAACUGGCCAAGGAGGAGAAGAAAGAGAAGGAACAACCCCAGUCUGUAAAGGAGGAGAAGAAACAGGAGCCAGAACCAAAGGAGAAGGAGAAGAGUGAGAGCCAGCCUAAAGAGGAGAAGGUUGAGGAGACGACAGACAAACCAGAUCCCAAGGAGAGCAAGCCAGAGGAGAACCCCAAGAAGACUGAGACCUCAACACCUUCCCCUCCUGCUGCCACCCCGGCCAAGCCUGCAGAGGAAAAGCCCGCCCCCGUCAAGGAGAGCCACGGCCCUGCUAAGAAAGAAGAGGAGAAACAGGCCAAAACAGAUGAUAAACCCCAGGCAGAGGUGAAGCCUGCCCCCAAAGAAUCACCACAGAAAACAGAGAGCACAAAGGAGGAGAAGAAAGCAGAGCCCAAAGAGGAGGUGAAGAAGGAGCAUAAGGAGGAUAAGAAGGAGGACAAGAAGGAGGCCUCUAAAGCAUCCGACAGUAAAGAGGCAAAGGAUACGAAGGAGGGAGGGAAGGCAGAGAAGGUCAAGAAGUCUUCUAGCACUGAGGUCAAAGAUGAGAAAGCCAAGAAGUGA